AUGGGUGUCGACAUUGAAAAACAGCAGCCACCCGUAGUUGACGGCGGCGCCUCCGGACCGGAGCUUCACCAGCACCACGACGGACUGGGCAAUGAGGAGUUGUCGUCAAACAGCGUGUCGCAGACGACACAGGAAUCAACAGAGUCCUUGGACCUCAUUCGCUCUCAAAAUGGCUACGGAGUAGAUGAGGAGCAGCCCAAACGCAUCGCCCCGUCCUAUUCACAAGAAAAGGAUCCGUUCGAAGUCGGUUGGGACGACGGCGCAAAUGAUCCCCUGUGCCCUUGGAGCUUCAACAAAGUCAAGAAAUGGGCCAUUGUCUCAAUUCUUUGCGCGGGAAGCUUUACCGUUACCAAUAUCAGUUCCGGUUACACGUCAACUUACGCGCAGAUGGAAGAGGAGUUUGGCAACUCGAGAAUUGUCUCUGUUCUCGGCCUGUCCUUGUUUGUGCUUGGCAUCGCCUUUGGCCCCAUGUUUUUUGGCCCUCUGAGCGAGUUUUACGGUCGCCGUCCAAUCUACCUGGUGGCCUGGUCCGUGUUUGUCCUGUUCCUCUUCCCUGGAGCGUUUGGCACCAACAUCCAGACUAUUCUCGUGUCCCGGUUCUUUGGCGGCUUCUCCGGCAGCGCUUUCCUCGCCGUCUCUGGCGGCACCGUCGGCGAUCUGUUUCAGAGGCACGAGCUGCAGGGGCCCAUGGUGCUCUUCUCGUUGGCGCCGUUUCUGGGACCGACCGCCGGCCCCCUCAUUGGCGGGUUCAUCAACUACAAUGUCCAUUGGAGAUGGACAUACUAUGUGUUUCUGAUCUGGACGGGCGUGCUGCUCUUUGCAAUCUGUCUCGUCCCCGAGACGUUUCAUCCUAUUCUUCUGCGGAACAAGGCCCGUGAUCUUCGCAAGCGCACGGGAGACGACCGCUGGCUGGCACCUACGGAGAAGAAACAAAAGUCUGUUAUUCGCGCCAUCGGCAUCUCUCUCCUACGGCCCAUGCAGCUACUCAUCUUUGAGCCGAUGUGUCUGAACCUCUGUCUGUUGUCUGCGAUACUGUUGGGCAUCUUGUACCUCUUCUUUGGUGCAUUUGCGCUCGUGUUUUCCACCAAUUACGGCUUCAAUCUGUGGCAGGUGGGCAUGGCCUUUAUCCCCAUCUGCGUUGGCAUGUUCAUAGCUACAGCGACGGAUCCUCUCUGGCAUCGGUACCGCAUGGGACUCGUGGCCAAACUCGAGCAGAAGACGGGCAUCAAAGGAAAGACUGAACCGGAAUUUCGCCUGCCGCCCGCAGUGGUUGGCGCGGUGGUGGCACCAGUGGGUGUAUUCAUAUUUGCGUGGACAUCAUAUCCGCAUGUUCACUGGAUCGCGCCCAUGAUUGGUGAAGCAAUCUUUGGAGCUGGCAUUGUUCUUGUUUAUACCGGCAUCUUCACCUUUCUGGUAGACGCGUAUCCUACUUACGCCGCCAGUGCACUAGCUGCCAACGCUUUUGUUCGCUGCUUAUUUGCAACUGCUUUUCCGCUAUUUGGAAAUCAGAUGUACCACAAACUCGGGUUCCAAUGGGCAUCUACGCUUCUAGCCUUUCUAUUGCUCGCUAUGAUGCCUUUUCCUUAUAUUUUCUUUCGCUACGGCAAACAGAUUCGAAAGAAGAGCCGAUACGCUACAAAUGCGUAA